AUGGACGCGCCUGGCGCGACACCGCUGGACGAAAGUGCCGUUCAGAGCACUCCCAAGCACGACAUGUGCACCGAACGAAACGGAUCACCGACGAACACUACUGAAGGUGCCCAAUAUGAACGCCAAGAAGAAGAUGACCACAGCUCUAGUGGUAGUGGAGAAGAAGAAGAAGAAGAAGAAGAAGAAGAAGAAGAAGAAGAAGAUGCCGACGAAGAUGAGGGAUCGGACGAUGAAGACGAGGAGCCCCGCUUAAAGUAUGCAUACCUCACGAAGCAUUUGGGAUCAGUAUAUCGCAACGGGGAUGCGACAAGCUCAUUCCUCGUAUCCGGAGAUAAGAUGAUCGUCGGGACACACAACGGGAACGUCCAAGCGUCACCUCCAUUUCUAUAUCACCAUUUCCUCCUCCGUUUCCGAACCUCAGGCAAGACACCUUCAGCAAGCAGGCUUCAGAAGACUUUAGACCCCCCCACACGGGCCUCUACCACUACUGGUAGUAUCCGGGGCCAUGGAAAGCUGGGCCAUCAUCCAGCUAUUCUUCCAACACCGUCGAAUUCGAUUUACAUUGGAACCUCCUCAAUCGAUGGCAACGUUUGUGUCUCGUCGUUGAUAGACCCUAAGGAUGUGAUGUUGCGCAACUUCGGCCGCCCGGUCCAGUCUGUUGCUUUGUCUCCAGAAUAUAAAAAUGACCGGGCAUUUUUGUCUGGUGGCCGGGCCGGUGAAUUGAUCUUGACAACUGGGGGCCGUAUUGGAGCAACCUCCAAUUCUACAACAAUGGGUGGCGCAGCUGCUGCUGCGUCAAGUUGGCUCGGAUCCAUGGGACUGGCAUCUGGUAACGGAAAGGAUACAAUCAUUCACAGUGGUGAAGGGACGAUUAGCACCAUCAAAUGGUCGCUCUCAGGAAAAUAUGUGGUUUGGGUCAAUGAGGAAGGCAUUAAGAUUAUGCGGUCCAAUUUGCAUUUGGAUUCCUCGGAGGCGGAAUUUGCUUGGAAACGGAUCAGCCAUAUUGAUCGCCCAACCCGUCCCGGUUGGGAUGAGAUGGCCAGUGUGUGGAGAGCACGUGCCGAAUGGAUUGACCAAUCUGCUUUAGACAGACAUGACAAUCUCGAUCCGAAUGACAAUCUAGCGAGCCCAGACACAGAGUCGACAGCACCUGCGGAAAAGGUAGAAAAGCUUGUCGUUGGUUGGGGAGGAACCGUUUGGGUCAUUGAUGUUUACCCAGAAAGGGCAAGCAAAUCCUCCAAGGGCGAGACAUUGGGCUCCGCUGAGGUUGUUACAAUAUUGCGAACAGACUGUGUGGUAUCUGGCAUUUCAUUAUACACACCUCGUCUCCUUGUCAUUCUUGCUUAUAUGGAAACCGAAGGCGAAACUACAACCAACGGAAGAGGCAGCGGGAUUCGCAAUCGCAAAAAGGGAAUGGAGCCUGAACUUCGUGUCAUUGACAUUGAGACCAACGAAGAGAUCAGUGCUGAUACACUUUCAGUAAACCGAUUUGAAGGUCUUUCGGCGUCUGAUUAUCACCUUAGUGUCCUCCCUCCAUGGAAGACACCAGAGGGACAGGUCGUUCAGCGCGGUACCCUGGGGGCUCUUGGAUAUGGACUUCUGGAUGCUACUAUGUACUCCGCGAGGCUGUUCAGCUCUGGCGCCAGCAUCCGCAGCACUACAAGUAGUGGAGACAAGGGCUCUGGCAGAGUGGCCGCGUCAUUUACAUCUAGACUCCGUUCAGCGGAGGAGGCUCUUCCCAAGGAGGUCCAAGAAGCUUCGGGUGCUCCUGGUGCAAAAAUCUUCGUUCACAGCCCAUAUGACUGCGUCGUUGCAGUGAAAAGGGACCUUGCAGACCGUCUGUCUUGGCUAAACUCCCGUGGACAGUACGAGGAAGCAUGGCGUCUUGUUGAUGAACACCCUAUAGCUGCGGGCUCGAUACCGGACCUAUCCGAAAAUGUUUCCGAGGUCGCAGGAAGAUCACAGACCAGCCUGGGUGACUUCUUUGCGGAUGAUCGAUCAUCAAUCACUACCGCUGGUCGAACCAAAGUGUCUGCUGCUGAGCAAGAGAAGGCUCGCAUUGGGGAACUUUGGAUCAAUCAACUUAUCAGCGAAGAUAAGUGGAUUGAAGCAGCGCGUAUCUGUGGCAAGGUCGUUCGCAGUGCCCCACGAUGGGAACACUGGGCGUGGAUCUUCAUCAAAAACGAUAAACACAACGAGAUCACCCCACAUAUCCCAGUUGAUCUAAACCCGUCGCUAUCUUCAGUAGUAUACGAAACCAUUCUCACUCACUAUGUGUCACGAGACUUGGCCAAAUUCAAAGAACUGAUCGACGUAUGGCCAUCUGAUUUGUUCAACGCCAAUGUGGUCGCAGACAUUAUUGAGGAGCAGCUGAGAUCUGAAUCAGUGCAGGUUGAGUCCGAAGACUGGAGAACACUCACAGAUUGUCUCGCCAAGUUAUUCCUGGUUGGAGGGCAUUACCGCGAAGCUCUGCGUUGUUAUAUUCGGUUGCAAGAUGCAGAUGCUGCUAUGUCUUUGGUCCGGGAACACCGCCUGCUUGAUGCAGUCACUGAUGAUAUACCAGCCUUCAUCAUGAUUCGCGUUUCCAAAGCGCAAAUGAAGUCAGCCACGAAGUUCGAACUGGAGCAGUUGACAUCUGAGCCCACGCGACUCCUUGCUAGCGAGGCAUACACGGGUAUCGUUCUUCCGGAUACUGUAGUAACCCAGUUGAUGGCCGCAAAUCGCUUGCUGUUCCUUUACUUCUAUCUGCGCGCGCUCUGGCGAGGAGAAUCUUUACCACAUGAAGCCCAUAAGCCCAGAAGAGGACGCGGUGCUCACGCUCGAGAUGCAGCCAGCAAACUUGCUGCCGACGAAGGCAAAGCCCUCAUCGAUAAUUUCGCCGACACGGCGGUUGAGGUAUUUGCCGACUACGACCGGCCUCUGCUAAUGGAGUUCCUGCAAACGAGCAUCUCUUAUUCUUUCGAGAAAGCCACCUCUAUCUGCGAAGAGCACAAAUUCACACCGGAGUUGAUCUUCCUCCUGUCAAAGAUGGGCCAGACAAAGCGAGCUCUGAAUUUGAUUUUGUCAGAACUCAAGGACGUCUCCCAGGCCAUUUCCUUUGCGAAAUCUCAAGAUGAUCCCGAUCUGUGGGAAGAUCUACUCGACUACUCAAUGGAUAAACCAAAGUUCAUCCACGGCCUCCUUGUCGAGGCUGGCACGGCCAUCGACCCGAUCAAGCUUGUGCGUCGCAUCCCAAGUGGGCUAGAGAUCGAAGGUCUAAGAGAAGGCCUGACUCGCUUAAUCCGUGAGCACGACCUGCAGGCCAGUAUCAGUCAAGGCGCGGCCAGGGUCAUGCAAAGCGAGGUUGCACUUGGGAUGGACUCGCUACGUAAAGGCCAGCGCCGGGGAAUCAAGUUCGACGUCAUCGAGGACGAAGAAGACCGCAACAAGACACCGACAAAGACUCAAAUCCCAGAUAAUCUAUCCCAGACCAGUGGAGCAAAGAAAUUCGGCGGUCCCGGACAGGGUAGAUGCGGCGGAUGCAAGGCCGCUUUCCGAGCAAACGAACGAGAAAUCCUCGUCGGCUUCGCCUGCGGCCACAUCUUCCACUUAUCCCAUUUGCAUUCCGACACACCCCAACAAUCCGGCACAAACACCCCCAACCGAUCAGAUCGUACCGCCCGAGCCCAAUCUCCCGUCCCCGAAUCCCAAUCCGCCACUGCAUCUCGCACCAUCGGACCGAAAGUCACGACAGCAAGAAUCCUGCGAGACAAAGUCGGCGACGGAUGUCGGAUCUGUGCUCUGACGCGAGAGCUCGAAUCCCUCGGUGAAGGCGAAGUUUGA